GGUUACACCUAUUCCCAGUCAGUCACGUGGUGAACUUUCGCGGGCACGGAUCGCGUCCCUUGCCGGCCUUAUCCUCGAAAACUCGACACUGCAAUAGAUCUCUCGCGCGCUGGUACAGGAAGAAUCAGAAAUCAGAGGGCACCCGACCAGGAUUCCUCGCGGACGAACGUUCAUCCGCUUGAAAUUACCGCCACAGAGAGCGUCUCAUUGUGGAGGGAAGCGAGCGACACAGAAGACAUCGGCAUGUCACGAUCGCGCCCAGCAAACGUCGCGACAUCAAUGCAAGCGGUGACGUGACGAAAAUCGAGGUGGUGCUCGAGGAAGCACCGGACGCCGCCGUCGUCGGCUCCAUGUCAUCGGAAUUGGAGGCCACCGCCGAGCUCAAUUCGACCUUCCCCGACGGGAUUGCAGGGACAGGUUCGGUAGUAGUGCGAGCAGAGGAGGCCCUGAUCGUCAUCCUCGUCCUGGUGUUGUGGGUGGCCGCCAUCGCCCUGUUCUUCAAUCGGUGGGGCAAGAUCCGCAUGCUCGAGCCGUACCAGCCGAAAUUUCAGCAGCAGCACAGACAGAGUUGCGCCAUGGUCGAUCCGAAUCCACUUCAGCACCGGAGCUACUCCAAGUUCAACAUCCACUGCCUGGAGCACCCGAUACUCCACCAGGGGACCUGCGGGGUGGCGGGCGGGCCGAUCACUCGGCUGCGACAGAACAGCGUGUUCGUCGGCUCCAGCGCAUCGCUGCUACCAGGCUACGAGACGCCGCGACGCGCCAAGAGCGCGUUCGACCUGCAGUCUCUAGUGCACGCGGAGGGUGCACGGUCCACGCGAGGGUACCAGGACGUGACUGCCACCGUCCCGGAGGUUGACGAGGAGCGCGACGGCGACACCCUGAGGACCCUCCGGUCCAUCAGCGAGGCAUCGCGGUUGCUGCAGCGAGAGCGUCGGGCCAGCACCACGUAUCAGUUCGACAGGAUGGACGUCCUGGCGCAUCCGAUGCCGUUGCGCGAACGCGGCAUGAGCAUCUGCCACUUCGAUCGCACGGACGUCCUCGCGAGGCCGCUGCAGCGAGAUCGCGGGAUGAGCAUUUGCCACUUCGAUCGCACGGAUGUCCUGGCAAGGCCGCUGAUGCGCGACCGCGGCAUGAGCAUCUGCCACUUCGAUAGGAUGGACGUCCUGGCACGGCCGACGCCGCCGGUCCCCAGCAAGUCCCUGCUACGGGAGCGGCGUGUCAGCGUCUGCAACUUCCUGGAGAGGAGCGAAGAAUCGGCAUACGGGGGUGGCGGGAUGAAGGGUGGCCUCCUGCAGCGGCAGGACAGACGUCUGAGCGUCAACAACGUCAGCGACAGGAUCGACGCGCCGGGAAGAUCGUUGUCGCUGUCCAGGGACUACCGCGGCAGCGUCAUCAACAUGAUGACGACGCCGGACAUCAGACAGCUGGACGCCGGCGUCCGCGACGGAAGCCGGAACAACACCGCGCAUCUGGAUCAUCCGUCCUGCAGCAAGACGCCUGACGUCGUGUUGGGAUACAAAGCGACGUGCGUCUAGACACCCUUCCGGCGGAAGUCCGUCUCAUCGCGGGGGAAAGGAGAGACACCCAUGGCGACGUUCCGAAUAGCGAGACACUUCGGACGAGAUACGACUGUGAGAUCACCCGGAUUGUCGACGCUUCGCGUCGGCGUAACUCUUUUAUCGCCUAUAUCUCCCUUAUGUCCCUCGCUCGUUGGGUUUUUUCGAGGGUACUGCUUCCGAGCACCGACACUGACACCCUCUCCUCAUCGGACCCUUAUCGCGGAGUGCGAUGACUGUCGUUUCUAUCUCUCCUCCACUCUCUCUCUCUCUCUCUCUGUUAGGAUGUUAAACGCGUUCCAAGACGGUGGUUUCCUCCUCAUUUCCUCUUUGGAUUGCGACGAGCGUCGUUUCGCUGGAUCGUUUCGCCCGCAAGCGGGGAGAAACGUCUGGUCCCUUCGAUCAAGAGAGAAAGAAAGAGAGAGACAGAAAUAGAUCAGACGUCUAUUUCCUGUGCGCGUGAAAUUAAACACGUCGGGUCUUCAAGUGUUCUCCCAACCAUGAAGACGCAUCGCGUCGCUGGUGGCACGCGUCACGACGUGUUAUCGAAAGGCUUUCCCGAUGAAAUUUUCCCGUUUUUCCGCUACGGGCUAAAUGUAUAGUAGUAAUGCAAAGCAUCGAAUCGCCGAUUGGCCAUACGUCCGUUCGGUCCGACUGAUGAAUGAUGAAUGAUGUAUGAACGCAUUUCGAUUCCCGGACGCGGCCUGGGAUUGCCGUUGAAUUUCCGUUCGUUAUCCGACGGUUCGUUAACGACACAUUCGUGAGUUUUCAACCGAGCCACGAGACCGUGAGGCACUCGAGAGAGAGAUAGCAUCACGUAUCACAUUGUGGUAACGAGCAAAUAUCGCGGGAAAACGCGGAAUUCCGCGGGCCGGCCGAUGCGAUGCAGCAUAUCGACGCGUUCCAUCCGUUCUCGCCGGAAUUCCCGAUUACAAUCUUCGACCGCGAGCUUUCACGAACGAAACCAAGCGUAAUCUCGGUUCCGGAGAGGAUACCGCAGCUUCGGGAACCAAUCGAUCAGCUCUCGCGGCCGAUACUUGUCUCUUCGAAUCUUUCUAUCUCUCUAUUUCUGGCUUUACUCUCGUAGACAUAAUUGUAAACGGGAGAUCUCCCGUUUUUCUCUCUUUGGACUUUACUCUUUUUCCUCGAAACGUAGUCCGUCAUAGGAACGGAUCGUAGAAGUGCUCCGUUUCUCGGAGACGAGGUCCUCGUGCAUCAACGCCUCCUCCACUCGUAGACGAGCGGGCUCUCGCGAAUCGUCGUCGUCCGGAGCAGCAUGGAUCGACAAAUCGGCAGGAUCGGUUUGAAUCUACGGAACUCGUCCACGUUAUCAUCACCUGCACACAGACAUGCUCAGGGAUGUUAUUUAAAAAAUUUACAGUCAAGCAUAGUUGCAGUUGUUACGACGGAGUCAUCGAACGCGCGCGCGCGGAAUCUUCGCGUCGCCCGCGCGAUUAAACGCACCGCGUCGCGGAGAACUCGAUUACUCGAUUUAAUUUAUUGGACCUCGAAUUGGAUACAUUGUCGAAUGCAUCGAUCGGUUCGUGAAUUGAGGUUCGCAAACGCGCAAUAACAACCGUGCAUUAUGCGGUAUGCGUUGCGUUUACAUCACGUUUACAUCGCAGGACACAUUAAAGUUUCAUCGUCGCGCAAUAGAUUUCACCCGCGUUCCUCGCGAUCUCGCCGGGGAGAUGUCAUAAUUCCUGUUCCUCCCCGCUCCCCGCCGCGGUAUCGAAGCUAUCGUAAAGUACAAAAGCGUUCGGAUUCUAUUCUAUUCUAAAGCACCCCCCCCCCGUACGCAAUAGAGAAGCUAUUGACACUUCUCUAUUGAGAAUUUUUCUCAAUGAUAUCCAUUCUCUAUGGAUAUCACUCGUCAUAUCCAUGAAUAUCCGAUGAUAAGAUAUAACGAGAUAACAACCUAUUUUGAAUAUGAUAAGUGAUAGAGAUUUUCACGGCGCAUAUGCAUAUGAAUACAUACAUAUAAUAGCAUACAUAUAUAUAUAUAUAUAUACAGGGUGAUUCGUAUAAAGUGACCAAUUUAAUUAUUAGUGAAAUUUGAAGACAUAUGAAAAAAGUGCCCGUUCAAUAUUACGGAUUAUAUCACGAGCAAGACAAUUCAUCUGUGUCGUCGAGUUCAAGGUCAAAACUUUGAACAUUUAUUGUGAAGAACA